AUGUCUGAAUCUACCGUUGGUAAGACCAUUACUUGUAAGGCUGCUGUUGCCUGGGAAGCCGGAAAGCCCUUGACCAUUGAGGAAAUCACCGUCGACCCUCCAAGAGCCCACGAGGUCAGAAUCAAGGUGUUGAACACCGGUGUCUGUCACACUGACGCUUACACCUUGAGUGGAGUUGAUCCAGAGGGUGCAUUCCCUGCCAUUUUGGGCCACGAGGGUGCUGGUAUUGUCGAGUCUAUCGGUGAAGGUGUCACCUCUGUCAAGGUUGGUGACCACGUCAUUGCCUUGUACACUGCUGAGUGUAAGGAAUGUAAGUUCUGUAAGUCUGGCAAGACCAACUUGUGUGGAUCUGUCAGAGAGACCCAGGGUAAGGGUGUGAUGCCAGAUGGAACCUCCAGAUUCAAAUGCAAGGGUAAAGAGCUUUUACACUUCAUGGGAUGCUCCACCUUUUCUCAGUACACUGUUGUUGCUGAUGUUUCUGUGGUGGCUGUUGACCCUAAGGCUGGCUUCGACAAGAUUUGUUUGUUGGGAUGUGGUAUCACCACCGGUUAUGGAGCAGCUACCAUCACUGCCAACGUCCAGGAGGGCGACAAUGUGGCCGUUUUCGGUGCUGGCUGUGUUGGAUUGUCUGUUGUCCAGGGUGCCAAGGAGAGAAAGGCAGGCAAGAUUAUUGUGGUGGACAUCAACAACAAGAAGAAGGAAUGGGCGGAGAAGUUUGGAGCCACCGACUUUGUUAACUCCUUGGAGUUGCCUGAGGGAACCACCAUUGUGCAGAAGUUAAUCGAGAUGACCGACGGAGGCUGCGACUACACCUUUGACUGUACUGGUAACGUCAACGUGAUGAGAAACGCUUUGGAGGCCUGCCACAAGGGAUGGGGUACUUCCAUCAUCAUUGGUGUUGCUGCUGCCGGUAAGGAGAUUUCCACCAGACCAUUCCAGUUGGUUACAGGAAGAGUUUGGAAGGGUGCAGCUUUUGGAGGUGUCAAGGGCAGAACCCAGUUGCCAGGCAUUGUUGACGACUACAUGGACGGUAAGUUGAAGGUGGAAGAGUUCAUCACUCACAGACAUCCAUUGGAGGCCAUCAACACUGCUUUUGAAGACAUGCAUCAUGGUGACUGUAUCAGAGCUGUGAUUGACUUAUGA